AUGCGGCGGGCGAAGGGCUUCCCCGGAUCGCCCCCCGCCGCCGCCGCCUGCCUGCCGCCUCCUCCUACUCUCCGGCUCUCGCUGCUGCUGCUGCUGCUGGUACUGCUGCUGGCCUCGUGGCCGGCCCGCUGCAGCCGAAGCUGCCCGGAGAAAGAGCUGGAACGGCGGGAGGAGGAAGCCAACGUCGUCCUCACCGGCACGGUGGAGGAGAUCCUCAACGUCGACCCGGUGCACCAGACCUACUCCUGCAAGGUGAGGGUGUGGAGGUACCUGAAGGGGAAAGACGUGGUGACUCACGAGAUCCUCCUGGAUGGCGGGAACAAGGUGAUGAUUGGGGGGUUUGGAGACCCCUUAAUCUGCGACAACCAGGUCUCCACAGGGGACACCCGGAUUUUCUUCGUUAAUCCCGCCCCACACUACAUGUGGCCCACGCACAAGAACGAACUGAUGCUCAACUCCAGCCUGAUGAGGAUUACGUUGCGCAACCUGGAAGAGGUGGAACACUGCGUGGAAG